UUACCAAGUUUAUUGUGGUAUCAGAGCCUGUUCGCCAAAACCCUAAUCGGCCUUCCUACUCCAAUCGGCUUCCUGUAAGACACAACCUUUUUGUCUCUCUCAUCUCUUCCGAUUAUCACACACACAAUGACAACUCUCGUAGCUUUAACUCAAGCCGAGAAAACCAUUCACAACACACACAAGUUUGGUUUUACUUUAUCUUCUACUAAUUAUGGGUAUUGGAAAACGAUGAUCCAACCCUUCCUAGUAACAAACAAACUGUUUGGCUAUGUUGAUGGCUCCAUCCCCUGCCCUCCAUCUACUAUCUUAUCGAUCGACACCAACAUCUUCAGAAAAAGGCAAGGAACAAGCUGUCACAGCACAAGUCAACCCAGAUUAUACAACUUGGGUACUCAAUGAUGCCCAUGUCAGGAUGCUUCUUUUGUCUACAAUCUCAGAAACGGCUUUCCAACAUGUACAGGGAACCACCUCAAGGGAGCUAUGGCUGGCUUUGGAACGUGCAUUUGCCCCUCGCACAUCCUCCAGGGAGUACACCUUGAAGACUCAACUUUUGAAGAUUGAAAUGAAACCUGAUGAAUCACCCAUCGCCUAUCUCACUAGGGCUCAAGAAUACUCAGAUGCUCUUGCUAACAUAGGUGAACCUAUGAAAGAAAAAGAUAUCGUUAUGCUUGUGUUAUCUGGUCUCCGUGAUGAAUACAAUGGUCUCAAGUCCACUAUCCUUGCUCGACAAACACCUAUUUCCUUCAUUGAUCUUCACUCUCUUUUAUUAGAUCAUGAUUAUAUGGUCUCCAAAACCUCUACAGAGGUCCCUCCUGCACAAGCCUUUGCUACAGUAGCAUCCAUUCGCAAACCAGCCACCAUACCAGGCUCGUCACAAAACUCUACAGAGGCUGUUCAAGCCAUCCAAUAACUUGCUGCCCAAUUAGGUUUCCAACUGCAACCCCUCGGUUCUUCGCAACACCAAGCACACUAUACGAACCGAUUCCAAAAUAACAGUGGCCGUUCUCAAAACAACAGAUCAAGGGGGGCAUGGAAACUACAACAACCAAAAUCAAGGUACUCGUAAUCAAUUUAGUUGGGCAUCUAAUCCGAACACUGUGUAUGGGACAUGUAACAGGUGUGGCAUAGGACAUGUACCAUCACAAUGUCCAAAUCGUGAUCCUAAUACAAUUAGGACUCGCUUGUCGCCAUCAGCGAACUUUGCUGACUCUCGCUCACAUGCUUCAAACUCUUAGCUUCUGGACACGGGGUCGAGUCACCAUGUUACCUCCAAUCUCUCUAAUUUUGACCAAUCUAAAGCUUACUAUGGAGACGACAACCUUCAUAUAGGCAAUGGAUGCAACUACCCACAAGAUCCUUCACAUGGGUCCAAAUAAUGGAGGUCUCUACUCCUUCAUCCUUCCACAAGCUCCACCUAAAGUCUCCCUUUCUACUGUUCGUGCGUCCUCUUACACAUGGCAUCAUCGACUGGGUCACCCUCAUCCACAACUUUUAAAUUCUAUGUUAUCAAAGUUUAAUUUACCUUUGUCAAACAAUAGUUCUAGUAUUUCUUGUGAUUCAUGUCUUGUAGGAAAAUCUUCAAAACUUCAUUUAUUACCAUCUCCAAUUAAAAGUACUCAUAUUCUAGAUGUUGUGUUUUGUGAUGUGUGGGGCCCUGCACCGGUCCCAUCGGUUGAUGGUCAUCGGUAUUUCUUGUUAUGUGUAGAU